UUCUUUUACCUUCACAGUAAAAUUGUAAUUCAUUGAUUUGUGACAUUGUCGUUGUUUCCUAUUCUUUCAUAUGAUAAUUAAGAAUUGUUCAUCAAGAAACAAUAUAAUGGUGCUUACAAAAACUCAGGAGAACAAAUCUGACAGAGCACGGCCUCCACUUCUCGGAGAAACACCAUGGCUUCUGUAUACAAAAACAUCUGGGCGUAAACAAACCCAAACUUUUUACUCACCAUCAUCAUCAUCCUCUUCCUCAGGUCACCAUAAAAAUCUCCCACAAUUACACAACAAACAAAUAGUUAGUACCGCCCAUGGCUGGUUAAUUUUACGUAACCUUCCCACGGGCAAGUACUUCUCCAUGUUCAAUCCUGACACCUGUCAGUUCAUAAGUCUGCCUGUGCUACUAGACGAACCAGCAGACGGACGGCUGUCUGGGUUAAGCCUCACAACACCCCCUGAAUCUAACCACGAGGAUUGUUUGUUCCUGUUAUGCUACAGUAAAGCUGGUAUCAUGUGUUUCUGCCGACCUUUACAGCGUAAUUGUAGAUGGGUUACACAAAAACUCAAGCUUCAAGGUAACAGAAUCAACGUCAAGGAUACUUUUACUGUCAAAGGAAUCAUAUACGGGUCUGGUGAUGUUUUUUGUAAGAAUGGAAGAACACAAUUACAGUCCUUUUACGUCAGGGAUGAUGAUUCAACUUCACUCACGCUUCGACCCUUGCAAAUUCCUGCUUCUCCUGCACAGAGUUUCGGGUCUCGGAACCAAGUUUGCAAACAAUGGAUGGUUGAUUCUGUUGAUUGUCGUUACUGUGUUCGAAUAUUCUUCAACUAUUACUAUGGCUACGACGAGUGGCAUUUUGUAGGGUUGAAGGUUUUUGAGUUGGAUAUAGACGCUCAGAUUUGGAGAGAGAUUAAUUCUUUGGGUGGCCGGACUUUUUUUCUGAAUCAUCGUUAUGGUCAUUCCACCUGGUGUUGGGGAACUAAGAAUAAUGAGUCUGGAUCAUCAAGAGGAUGUAUCCAAGGGGAUUGUGUCUACUUCCUUUUUCCAACUACAAGCACACCACCCUUGUCCUUGUUCAUGUACAACUUACGAGAUCAAACUUUCAUGCUUCUUUCUCCUGGUUCCAAUCUAUCAACGACAAGCGAAGCUCAUGUCUGGCUAAUUCCAAGGUUACUGUCAUCAGAAAAAUGGAAAGAGGGACUCCAGGAAGAUGGUUUACAGUUACACCACGAGGUAGGCCAGAAUGAGAACCAGUUAGAUCUUGAGAUUGAAAGACAUGAAAGCAUGUUUAAUGAGCUUCCAUUACACCUUAUAGAAUUGAUUACAAAACAUAUGCAUUUAUUCGAGUAUUGGAAUUUCCGAGCUUGUUGCAAAACUUAUCAUUCUCUAUGCCCCAAACCUCAAUGGGGAACCAACAAUGACCUCCCCUUGUUCAUGUCCUUUAAGAGCAAUAAUGGGUUAUGUCAAUUAAUUGAUCCAUGCCGACUUGGUUCAUACUCGAAAAUCCUGCAAUUUCUUCCUGAUACCAUAGUGUUCUCCAAAAAUGGUUGGGUGCUCGCCUUGGUUUGUGGACAGUCCUUAGAAUUCUUCAAUGUUUUCUCAGGGGUGAAAGGGGAUUUUCCAACUUUUGGGAAUAUUGAUCUGGGUUUUAAGAGCAUUUCGUUCUCAACAAACCCGACGUGCUCGGAAUGUUUGACAGUUGGAAUGUGUGCUAGUGAAGGUGAUUAUGUGCUUAUCUAUUAUCUUCAAUCUGGGAACGAAUAUUGGAACUCUUAUUCGGCUGAAGAUUACGCUGUCCAAUUUUAUGCAAGUACUAGUCCUCCCAUAGUUCGAGAAGGAGCAUUUUAUUUCUUGGAUACAAGAGGAUACCUUGGAGUAUUUCAGUUAGUUGAAGGAAAACCAGAUUGGCAAAUUUAUACCCAACCACACUUCAUAGUUGAUCAGUUCGCACAGUAUUCAUGUUAUUUGGUAGAGUGUGCAGGAACAAUUCACUCUGUGUUUGUGGACAAUAGGUUGGGGAUGCCGAUCAUUAAAGUAUUUAAAUUGAACGACACUACGAAAUAUUGGGAUGAAAUUCAUAACUUGGGAAAUCAUGUUUUGUUCAUCAGUCGUGCAUCGUGUUUAUCUAGGGUGACAAGUGAUCCGAAGAUGAAAAAUCGAAUCUACUUACCAAGACUUCAAGGGGAAACUGUCGUGUACUACUCUCUUGAAACUAAAACGUACCAUUAUUUGGGUAGUGAUAACCCUAUGGUGCAUUUAUAUGGUGGAGCGGUGGAGGAAGAUGAGUAUCAUCGGCAUGUUGUGUUAAAUGUUUGUGUGUUUGGUGGACGAAAAUGCGGGUUCCAGUAUUUGUGGGUAGGUUUUCAGCUUAAAUAUUUCUGGUCAGAGACGUUGGAGAGUUUUGGAGAUGACGGUUGGAGCAAGUCUGAUGGGAGAAGAGAAGAGGUUGUGAAUCUGUGA